AGCAGCGCACGCAGCGCUCCCUGGGAGCUGUGUGUAGGCGCGAGGACGGCGCGAGCUGCACUUGGUGGGCUCCCCUCCCCCGUGCGGCGACCCCGGCUCCGACCGACACGUCCUCUAAACGGUGGCGGCCGUUUGUGGUCGUUGGUCCCAGGGAUUUAGGACCAACAUUUGAAGACCCAAAGGGGAACUGCAACCAUGAAUGAAGAAAAUAUAGACGGAACAAAUGGAUGCAGUAAAGUCCGAACUGGGACUCAGAAUGAAGCAGCAUUACUUGCUUUGAUGGAAAAGACUGGUUACAACAUGGUUCAAGAAAAUGGGCAAAGGAAAUUUGGUGGCCCUCCUCCAGGUUGGGAAGGUCCACCUCCACCUAGAGGCUGUGAAGUUUUUGUAGGAAAAAUACCUCGUGAUAUGUAUGAAGAUGAGUUAGUUCCUGUAUUUGAAAGAGCUGGGAAGAUAUAUGAAUUUCGACUUAUGAUGGAAUUUAGUGGUGAAAAUCGAGGUUAUGCUUUUGUGAUGUACACUACAAAAGAAGAAGCCCAGUUAGCCAUCAGAAUUCUUAAUAAUUAUGAGAUUCGACCAGGGAAGUUUAUUGGUGUGUGUGUAAGCUUGGAUAAUUGCAGAUUAUUUAUUGGCGCUAUUCCCAAGGAAAAGAAGAAAGAAGAAAUUUUGGAUGAAAUGAAGAAAGUUACAGAAGGAGUUGUAGAUGUCAUUGUUUAUCCAAGUGCAACUGAUAAGACUAAAAAUCGUGGUUUUGCAUUUGUUGAAUAUGAAUCUCACAGAGCUGCCGCUAUGGCCCGGAGAAAACUAAUUCCAGGAACCUUCCAACUGUGGGGCCAUACCAUUCAAGUAGAUUGGGCUGACCCAGAGAAAGAGGUUGAUGAGGAAACCAUGCAAAGAGUUAAAGUUCUCUAUGUUAGAAAUUUAAUGAUCUCAACUGCAGAGGAAACAAUUAAAGCAGAAUUCAAUAAAUUCAAACCUGGUGCAGUUGAAAGAGUAAAGAAACUUAGAGAUUAUGCUUUUGUUCACUUUUUCAACCGAGAAGAUGCAGUGGCUGCUAUGUCUGUUAUGAAUGGGAAGUGUAUUGAUGGAGCAAGUAUUGAGGUAACCCUGGCAAAACCAGUAAAUAAAGAAAACACCUGGAAACAGCAUCUUAAUGGUCAGAUUAGCCCCAAUUCUGAAAACUUGAUUGUGUUUGCUAACAAAGAGGAGAGCCAUCCAAAAACUCUAGGCAAGCAACCAGCUCUUCCAGCUCGUCUCAAUGGUCAGCAUAGCCCAGGCCCCCCUGAAAUUGAUAGAUGCACUUAUCCAUUUUUCCCUGGAACAAAGCUCACUCCAAUUAGUAUGUAUUCUUUAAAAUCAAAUCAUUUCAAUUCUGCAGUAAUGCACUUGGAUUAUUACUGCAACAAAAAUAAUUGGGCACCACCAGAAUAUUAUUUAUAUUCAACAACAAGUCAAGAUGGGAAAGUACUCUUGGUGUAUAAAAUUGUUAUUCCUGCUAUUGCAAAUGGAGCCCAGAGUUACUUCAUGCCAGACAAACUCUGCACCACGCUAGAAGAUGCAAAGGAACUGGCGGCUCAGUUUACGUUACUUCAUUUGGACAGGGAACACAAUCUCUUCAGCCUGGAUCUAUGUAGAAGAAUUUGGAGAAAGUGAACAGGUCCUUUCUGAUGUUGCUUGAGCUUACUCUGCAGUUGAUCCAUCCCUGUUGGCCACAUAUUAAGUCCCAUGACAACAUUAAGUUAAUGCUCAUUUGUUUUAGUUCCAGAAAAAUAUAGAAAAAACCGUACCUGUACAUUAGAUGACAUUAUUCCUUUUCAUUCAUUCUUAGAAACACCAUUACUUUUAAAAAUGAUCAUUUUAUAGUUAUUGUCACCCUGUGGCUUAGUCUACAAUAAAGAACAUAGUUGAGUUUUUGGAAAGCAUGGGAUUUACAAAUUUGGUCUUUAAUAUUCACAUGCAUCUAUAAACAUUACAAUAAAUGAAGCAGCAGGAAAUUAUUGCUGCAUAAGAUGAAUGUUUAUUGUGAAACAGUAAUAUUUCAAAUGUAAUAGUUUUUUUAAAAAUUUGGUUAAUUUUUGAAUUUUUCUAUACUCUCAGUUGAUAAUGGUUUUUGAAGUUUAUUUUAUAAAGAUGAUUCAUUUUACUGUUUUAUGGUACCAGUAGGAUGCUAAUAUUAAAUUGGUGUGUUGAGUUAUAUAAAUGUUUACAUUAAUCUUUAAAUAAUGAAAUAUUGGGCAGUUAGUUUUUGUAGUCCAGUAGUGAAUGUUUCUGCUGGUUUGAUACUUAAUACAGUUUCCCCCAAAAAAGCAAAUGUGAAUUUGUUGUUUUAUCCUUUCUUCAUGAACUACCCCUUAGCAUCAGAACCAAAUUUAAAAGGAGCUUCAUGGUGGAGCAAGAUAAAUCAGAGGUUUUCUUUUGUGUGAUAAAAAAAAGACACAAAACAAUUAAUAGAAAUCCAUGAAAUAGAUAUUCAGCAAUGCAUUUUAGUAAAAUCUCUGAAGCAUUGUCAGUGAAUACAGGCGUAAUACUGACUAAUAAAACUGUCAAGAUUUGCCCCCCGGUGAAUACUGACACAGUCUUUACCAGCAAUGUAGUAUUAUCAGGACUUUGAGUGUUAGAACAUUAUGUUAAACUGUGAUUAUAGUUUUAAUGCUUUGUCUCUUUGAAUUAAAUUUGUAUCCAUAAAGAUGUGCAGCAUAAUUGUUCAUGUAUUUAUUUGCAGACUACAGUUUCCGUCGCAGCUCAGUAAAUAGUCUUUCCCCUGUUAAUGCUACUCUCUCUUCUGGGAUUCCCAGCGUGCUUCCUUACACUUCACGGCCUUACUCUUAUCCGAGCUAUCCCUUGUCACCAACAGUAGCGCUUGCUAAUGGCAGCCAUGUCGGACAGCGACUGUAUAUCUCCAAUCAGGCCUCAUUCUUCUGAAGAAAAUACUGUAAACAUGAGUAUGAAAGUUUCUUUGUAAAGCAUGCUGAUUAAAAUACUGUUUUAUUUUAGAAUUGGGUUUGCACAUUUGGUUUUAAAAUUAUAAAUAUAUAUUUCAACAUAAUAAAAUGAACAUCAGCCAUAAUUCAGAAUAACCCAAGUUGUAGAACUUGUAAAAAUGAUAAGUUAAAAAAGUUACUUUGUGGUUUCUCUUGAUAAAGGUAUAACUACUAUUCUUUUUAAACUUUGGGAACCUUAAAUACCUCUAAUUCCUGAGUGAGCUGUAGAACCCAGUAGUUUAUGUUAAAUGUUUGCAUAAUAAGUUUGCUACAUAGCAUUUCACAAUAGUAAAGCACUGCAACCGUUGCAGACAACGGUUACACUGGACUUGAUUGCCAAGGAUCACUAUCUGUAUUAGAGAUUGGAACAGUUACAUAACCAGAAGCAUCCAACUAUUAUGUAGAAAGAAAUGAAGGGCAAAAUGAUUAAGAUGCAAAUUUUAUUCAGUAUUAGAGAAAAAACAAUUUACCAUUGUGGUCCUUGAAAAUAACUAUAAAUAUUCUAGUUAAUUAUUUGUUAUAGAAAUAAAUUCUAAUUUUGCUGUUAAUGUAUUUAAGGUUUUAAUAGUUAUGCUUCAUUUGUGUUUUUGAUACUCACUGUAUAGUUUGAGUAAUAACUGUUAAUGGUUUUUUAAUGUUGAAAUCAUGUGUUGUUUAAUUUUUGUACUUGAAUUCAAAUUCUUUUACAUUAAAUAUGUGAUGUUUCUCAUA